AUGAAGGCGGCCCAGGCCGCGGGAGAGGAGGCGCCGCCCGGCGUGCGGUCCGUCAAGGUGGUCCUGGUGGGCGAUGGGGGCUGCGGGAAGACGUCCCUGCUGCUGGUCUUCAGGAAUGGGGCCUUUCCCGAGAGUUACACCCCCACGGUGUUUGAGCGGUACACUGUCAAUCAUCAAAUGAAGGGCAAACCUGUGCAUCUCCAAAUCUGGGAUACAGCAGGGCAAGAUGACUAUGACCGCCUACGGCCCCUCUUCUACCCCGAUGCCAGUGUCCUGCUCCUCUGCUUCGAUGUCACCAGCCCAAACAGCUUUGAUAACGUCUCUAACCGGUGGUACCCUGAGGUGACUCACUUCUGCAAGGGAGUGCCCAUCAUCGUGGUGGGCUGCAAGACUGACCUGCGCAAGGACAGGACCCUGGUGAACCAGCUUCGGAAGACUGGGUUGGAGCCUGUGACCUACCACAGGGGCCAGGAGAUGGCGAGGUCCGUGGGCGCAGUGGCCUACCUCGAGUGCUCUGCUCGGCUCCAUGACAACGUGCACGCCGUCUUCCAGAAGGCGGCCAAGGUGGCUCUCAGUAGCCGCAGUCGCAACUUGUGGCGGCGGAUUACCCGGAGCUUUUGCGUGGUGACCUGACCGACCCGGGGCCCUCCCUGUCCCCGACUGCCCCCGGCAACUUAGAGAAAGAGCCCCCGUGCUGACCUUCUGCAAGUUGGCUGGGCUGGACCCAGACGCCAGGCUGGACCUACCGAACUGCAUCUCCACAGAUGGGUACCGUGAGGCCAGACUCUGGGGCUUGGGAACCCGGAACUGAAGAAGUGGGGUCCCGGGCCACCCAGCCCUGGAACCAUUCACAGACUCCCAGCGCCCAGCCCUGAACCCAACAUCCUGGGCUGGCCUGGCCUGCGCAGCCUGGCCUGGCGCCACCUCGUGGCUGCUCGCGGGGCUGCACCUGCAGGACCUGGUGGGGUUCUUCAGGACCAUCCUGCCAGAACCCACAC